UGGGGGGAGCGGCAGCACCAUUAUCCGGCCCCGCUCCGAAAGUGGCUUCUCCGCCUCCCUCCUCCCGGAGCCCGAGCGGCGGGGCGAGGAGAUCCUGAGGAAGUGCGGGGUGAAAAAAAACCCAACAGAGAGCACCCGCGGCGGGCGGGCAGGGCUCGGCGGGCCGCGCUGCGAGCGGCCAUCUCGGCUGGGAGCAGCCAUGGAGUUCCCGGGCGGCCGCCCCUGAGCAGGGCCGGGACGGCGGCGAUGACAGCGGCGUGAGGGGCUCUGCGCAUCCCCAUCCCGUCCCCGUCCCCAUCCCACCCGCCCCGCCCCUCCCCGCCGCCCCCCGCUGCCAGGCGCAACUCUCCGCGGACGCUGCUCCGGCAAAGAUGGAAGAAAAACGACGGAAGUACUCGAUCAGCAGUGAUAACUCAGACACCACUGACAGUCACACCACAUCCGCGUCCAGAUGCUCCAAAAUCCCCAGCACCAAAUCCAGCUGGUCCCGGCAGAAGGAGAAGAAGCCCUCUGAGGUUUUCCGCACGGACCUGAUAACGGCCAUGAAGAUCCCCGACUCUUUCCAGCUCAGCCCUGAGGAGUACUACGUGCUGGCAGACCCCUGGCGCCAGGAGUGGGAGAAGGGCGUGCAGGUCCCAGCCAGUGCCGAGGCCAUCCCUCAGCCCGUGGUCAGAAUCAUACCCCAACUGGAGAACCUGCCUUCCCCAGUGUCCCCCAGCAGCCUGCCGGGCUCUGAGAUUUCAGAAGCCACGAGGACGUACCUGCAGGGCAUGAGCCGUUACGACCUGGAUGAGCUGGAUGCCUGCUGGUUGGAGCUCGUGAACAUGGAGCUGAAGGAGAUGGAAAAGCCAGAGCUGGAUGAGAUCACCUUGGAGAGAGUGCUGGAGGAGCUGGAGACGAUGUGCUACGAGAACAUGAACAUCGCCAUUGAAACAGAGGAGGGUCUGGGCAUCGAGUACGACGAGGACGUGGUGUGUGACGUCUGCCGCUCGCCAGAGGGGGAGGAUGGCAACGAGAUGGUGUUCUGUGACAAGUGCAACGUCUGCGUGCACCAGGCAUGCUAUGGCAUCCUGAAGGUCCCCAUUGGCAGCUGGCUGUGCCGGACCUGCGCCCUCGGCGUCCAGCCCAAGUGUUUGCUGUGCCCGAAGAGAGGGGGAGCACUGAAGCCCACUCGGAGCGGGACAAAAUGGGUCCACGUUAGCUGUGCCUUAUGGAUACCUGAAGUUAGCAUUGGAUGUCCUGAAAAAAUGGAACCCAUUACAAAGAUCUCACAUAUCCCAGCAAGCAGAUGGGCUUUGUCCUGCAGCCUCUGCAAGGAGUGCACUGGGACCUGCAUUCAGUGCUCCAUGCCCGCCUGCGUCACCGCAUUCCACGUCACCUGCGCCUUUGACCACAACCUCGACAUGCGGACUAUUUUAGCAGACAACGAUGAAGUGAAGUUCAAGUCCUUCUGCCUGGAGCACAGCACCGGUGCCACCAAACUACCUGAGGAGACGCGGACAGAGCCUGAUCAAGCCCAGCUGGACCUGGAGAAGGUGACGCUGCGGAAGCAAAAGCUCCAGCAGCUGGAGGAGGACUUCUAUGAACUCGUGAAGCCUUCCGAGGUGGCAGAGAACCUUGAUUUAAGCGAGUCGCUGGUGGAUUUUGUCUAUCAGUACUGGAAGCUGAAGAGGAAAGCAAACUCCAACAAACCGCUGCUGACACCAAAAACGGAUGAAGUGGACAACUUGGCUCAGCAGGAGCAGGAUGUUCUCUACCGGCGCUUGAAGCUUUUCACACACCUCAGGCAAGACCUGGAGAGGGUUAGAAAUCUCUGUUACAUGGUGACGAGACGGGAGAAAAUGAAACACACCAUUUGUAAACUCCAGGAGCAGAUCUUCCACCUGCAGAUGAUUCUCAUUGAGAAAGAUCUUUACCCAGGCUUGUCGACUUCCUUCCCCAUCGACGGGACCUUCUUCAACAGCUGGCUGGCGCAGUCGGUGCAGAUCACGGCUGAGAACAUGGCCAUGAGCGAGUGGUCCCUGAACAACGCGCACCACGAGGACAGCACGCCCGGCCUGUCCGAGGAGCUGCUCCAGGACGAGGAGACGCUGCUCAGCUUCAUGAUGGACCACUCCCUGAGGUCCCCCUUCAAACAGAGCGAGGCCGCCAAGAAGGUGAAAAGCAAAACGAGAACGAACACUAAGAAAAAGCUGCCCAGGAGCGGCCUGACCGCCGUCUUCAGGAGCCAGCAGGAGGGCUCGGAGCGGUGGACUAACCACACCAGCGACCUGUCAGACGAUGCUGCCAAGCCCUGCGCCCAGGAAUCGCGGCCCGGCAGGUCGGAGAAAGGGGCAGCGAGGCCCGCGGACCGCAGGGGAUCAGGAGAGGCAAAAAGGGCAGCGAGGAAGGGGCCCGGCCCCAAAGGCAGCGACCCGCCGGCCCCGAGGGGCUGCGCCGGAGAGGAGGAGGCGGUGGUGGCGGCCAACGGCGCUCGGCCCGAGCCCAACCCCACGGCUCAAGUGCCUGACCCCGUAGGUAGCCCGAAAACCGUCGUGCGGUUCAAAUUACCAAAGGAGAGCCGAGGGACUCGGCGCUCGCAGCCCCCCAAGACCGAUGGCCCAGGAGGGCCCCCCCUGCACCGCUUCGAGGCCGAGACGGACGGCUACUUCUCCGACGCCGAGAUGAGCGACUCGGAUGGGGAGCCGCGGGGCGGCCGGGCGCAGCGGGGCCAGCUGGAGCCGGGCGGCGAGGAGAUCGUACGGAUGAGCAUCCUGGCUUCCUAACGGCACGCGGCCACCCCGCUCCUCCCGUCACAACUGCCAUGGCCAAUUUCUGCCUAGUAUCACAGCGAGAGGGGGAUUUUUAAUCUGUAUAUAUAGUUGGAAAUUCGGCACCGUUGUCUUUCUCUUCUCUUUUUGCCUGAGAUACAGCUUCAGCAUCACCGACGUAGAUUGCCGUGACAGUAGUUGUCCCCUCCGGCUGCCCCGCUCCCUGCGGAGGUGGCCACGCGAUGGGCAUUAUUCCAGAGGGGCAGAUCUCCCUCCUUGGGCUGUAUCGGGGUAAAGGCAGGGGCCGGGAGCUGAGCAGGGAAGCCAGCCAUGGGCACGUGCAUUGACAAGGGAGGGAAGUACACGAUGCUAACAUAAAUAACGACAAAAGCACAACGAGUUUGGUGGGGGGGAAGCGCUCGGGGCGGGAGAGAGCCACGUUACGUUUGUGUUUGUAGAAAAACCUCAGUCAUUGCUUUUUUUCCCUUCUGAUUGGAAACCAUCCCAGGUUGUUCCUGUCCCCGAGGCGGCACCUCGGCCGCGGCCCCCAGAAGCAGUUUGCUCGGGUUCAUGGGUUAGCGCUCAGCAAGCUGGAAUGGAGGCGUGGGGAAGGACAGAGAGGGAAAAAUCUUUUAGGAGCACUGGGGGGACUGGGCAGCCUGCACCCACCCGAGCCUCCCCUGCACAGCAGCGUGCUCAGCCCCAGGCACUGCAGCCAGGGGGAAGGAGCACGCUCAGCCCUCUGAUUUUCCAACGAAACGCUACAGUGGAAAUGGUGAAUUUAUUCCUCCCUGUCCUUUAUCCUGGUUUUUUUUUUUUGUUUUUUUGUUUUAUUCCUUAAAUCCUGGUUACGAGCUGUUGAUUCCUUGUGGGAGGGUGAUUCACAGAAGCUGACAUUAUAAAUAUGACAAUAAUUUAAUGCAUAAAAUGUCCCCAAUAAGCCUUAAAUGUUGUUCAAAGCCCAUGUUACCGACGAGUCAGGCGAAUUUCCGUGUUUGCACUUAAUUGCACCAUUACUUCAGUUUUGGCUUCAAAGGUCACAGUGAAGUCGCGCUACGUGUUUUAUUGGAGUGACCCCAGUGUGAGCUCAGGGAACAAAAAAAAAAAAAAAGGAAUUCACUGAAACUUUUGUUGUUGUUGUUUUUUAAAAAUAAUAAUAAAAAAUGUUUAAAAAAGAAAAAAAAAAAAAAAAAAAAGAAACUAACUAACCUGGGACACUUCUGCAACUGGUUAAACCCAUCACUUCAAACAGAAAACCUUACUACAGUUGUCCAACAGAACAGUCAAAUCUUUUUUGUGGAUGCCAAAGAAUACGUUGACAGUCGAGCAGCACAGCCAGAAACUGGAAACUUGUCACUAGGAACAAUUGGGAGUUAUUUAGCAACCAAGGACUAAAGACACACUCAUGCACACUGCUGCGGCGUUAGGUUCCAAGCUUGCUGAAGGGGUGCUGAGCCCACGCCCCUCCGUUUUGAUUUCCAGUGCUUUUUGCUCAUUUCACUGUGAGCUUUCUUCUGAUACUCUGAGACUCCUUUAACCGACUGUCCCGGUGUUUUAGAGUAGAUGAGCUUUAUCAGCCUUCAGAGAGUCCUUACUAGCGGUCAGAUUGCAGCCCGGCUGACCCCAGGCAGCACGCAGCCCCGGGUGCCCCCCGAGCUGGGAUGGAGCACCCAGAGCACGGCUGCACCGCGGGGAGCAGAACCACGGAUCGGCCAAACGGGAACCACCUCCCAUAGCAAUUCAUCCACCGAGGUUGGAGGUGAAAAUCUGCUCAUUAAUUAAGGCUCGGUAUGUUCAGAUAAUGUUAAAUACAGUAAAUAGGACUUAGUUUAUCUUAUCAGGCUUGCUAGCUUUAGCUACAGUAUCCUAGUAUAAGAGUCAUACCAAUAAUCAAUAUGCUGCCUUUUAAUGAAUCUUGCUUCCGUGUGCUUCACUCAGUUAUGGUUAAACAAAAGCAAUCCACAACUUUUCACUGUACACAGCUCCACUCAUCGGCUUCUGCACUCCUCGUCUUCUCAGUACAGGAAAGCAAACGGGGGACCCUGCGGAACAGCCCCAGCCGCGCGGUUCGGCACUGGGUCGGGAGGAGCGGGGGGGCUGCGUGAUGAGAGCGAUGCACAAAGGGCCGUAUUUUGUUUUUGAUGAUGCUGUAAAAUGUAUUUUGAGACGAAAGAGAAUCUAAGGGGUUUAUUUUGCUAGAGAAAAAUAUUGUCUUUUCAGAUGUAUAAACCGCAGUUUGCACUGUAAGAGCGCCCGUCGCCUCGGCAGCGGGGCGGCCCCAUCCAGCAGCCCCGGCACCAGCACAGCGCUGGCUCAGCCCCGCUCACAGCCCCGCUCCCCAAACCCAAACCCAUCCAUCCUUCGCCCCUCUGGCCGUGCCUGGGGCUGUUGGUUCCUCCGGGUCGCCCCGUUUGCUCCACCCGCACACAGCCCAGACCCACCCCACGUCAGUCACAGGAAACGAUAUGAAUGUCGCAGGAGGAGGAAACCCUUCUGUUUUCUUUGUUUCAAAGAACGUGAUGUGCCAUUUGUUAAUAGAAAAGAGAAAUAUUGAAAAUAUAUUGAAAAGAGCAAUUUUAAAUUAUUUUUGGCUUAUGUUGCAAUAUUUAUUUUCUUGUAUUAGAAAUUCCUUUGUAGAGAAAAAAAAAAUGUAUUUUUCAUUAAUGCAAAAACCUAUUUCUCCUUUUUGUACAUUUUCCAUGUUAGUUAAUCCUUAAAGCAAUAUAAUGUUAUCAGACUCGUUCUGUGUGAGACUGUAUUAUGCAUGCUCUUUGUGUUGCCUUGGAAUAGCUCUGUCUGCCAUUAUUUUCAUCCUGUUUAGGUACAGUGUAUGCUUUAAUACACAUUGGGACCAUGGCCCAUGGCUUAUGAGAGAAAAACAAAACCGAAACAACAAAACGAAACCUUUGCAUUCCUCAAUGUGUUGGCAAAUGCAGUCAAUAAAGCAGUGUUUUACGUGUGCGUGCA